UAGUGAACAGUUCAAUAAAACUGCUUUUAUAACCUUCUCGUCUCUUAGUUGGCAAUCUCGGUCUUCCUUCACGAGAAUAUACUAUAAAAGCUCCCACAUUUCAUUCAUUUGCUACCAACUCUACAAAACAUUCAUCGCAACUCAUCGAACGUCUACAUCGUCUACUGCAGCUCUACAUACUCGUCCGCUGCCUUCCAAUGGACCUCGACACCGGACCUUUGGCCAAAAAGUCGUCAACGCUGUGCACUCUGCUGCUGCUGCUCACCAUCGCCACACUUGCAGUUCUUGGACAGGUCAACAGCGAAGAAGUCGGAUUCGGCAAUCACACAAGGAAUGGAGAAAAUGUGACGCUCGCCGACUACACCACAAUUGCCACCAAGACGAACUUCGACCUUGCUGAUUGUAACUUCAAGAAGCGGUAUCCGGACGCCUGCAAUGUUACAAUCGAAGACGACUACAUCGAGCUUCGAUACAACUACGGCAGCAAAGGAUGCACUGUGGACUUACUCAGCAAGAACGCAGCGAACGACAACAGGAUCAAGUUCACGACCGGAGUGCGGAACCCAAGAGGUGGAGGUCUCAACAAAUGCCUUGAUAUGACCACUUCCUUCGAGAGCAGCUAUAACAACACCCUGCCUUUCGUCUACAGCGUCAACAACACGGUCAUCGAAAAGCUCAACAACCAUCAGUACAACGAUCCAGGCGAAAAGUGUAAUGUAGCUUGCCAAGCCAUUAAUGGAAAAUGCAUGCUGAAUACAUCACUUCAAGUCUCAUGGAGCCAGUUGGGUGGCAAGGUCUAUGCUCACACAUAUCUAAGUAAGAGGCCUGUUUGUUUUUAUUUUUUCUUAAAUUAG